UUCUACAUGCAAAGCCAAAGCUCUUCCACUGAGCUACAGUUCUUGUUAGCUACGUGGUUACAAUACUGAAGGGUGGUGGGGAUAGACUUGUCAUCAUGCCCCCAGAGGGCUUCAUGAGUUCUGGAAGAUUACUGGGCAUGGCUCAGGAUGCCUGUGUUAAUGUUUCUGUGGCUGGAAGCGAGACAGAGAUGGGUCUGGGCUUGUUCUGAACGGGGGAUGCCAUCAGAGCUUAUAAGAUGACACAUCCUGCCCCCAUCCAUCAAUAAUGGGAAUGGCUGAUUUGUGAGUUGAAGAAAGCUGAAGAAAGAACAAAAGAGACUUCAGGAGUGCACUGCUGCUCACCUCCAUCUGAUGCUCAGCUGAUUAAUAAAGAAACUAAAUCUCAUCAGUCAGAAGUGGGAGCACAAAACAAGUGUGGAAAUGGCACAAGCUUUUCUUCUUCAGAGUUUCCGCCCACGUGACUUUCAGUUGAGAGUCCCUUGCAGCUUCCGAGAAACCACAGCAGAUGAAGCCUAAAGUGAGGCAAAUGUCAGUGCAAGCUUCCACACUCUGAAAGCGGGAGAUUGGCAGCAUUGGCAGCGAUACCAGGGAGACGGCUGAGAAAGUGACCAAGAAGGCAGGACAGUGGAGGAGACUAAAAGCCAAGAAAAAAAAGGGGGGGGGACCAAGGCCCCAAAGGAAGAAGGAGGGGAGAGUCCACAGGCAGGGGGAGCUGUGAACCAUGCCCCACAGCUCUGACAGCAGCGACUCCAGCAGCUUCAGCCAUUCCUCAUCAUCCAGCAAACAGGAGUCUUCUGAUGACAUGAGGAAAGUUCAAAGAAGGGAAAAGAAUCGCAUUGCAGCUCAGAAGAGCCGGCAAAGACAGACGCAGAAAGCAGAUACCUUGCACUUGGAGAGUGAAGACUUAGAGAGGCAGAAUGCUGCUUUGCGCCGGGAGAUCAAACAGCUGACAGAGGAACUGAAGCACUUCUCCACAAUGCUGACUUCCCAUGAGACGCACUGUUCCAUUCUGAACACACAGCCACCAGCACCGUCCGAAGUGCUUUUCACCCCGCUCUCCUUCCACCAGUCCCACAUCAGUUCCCCAUGUUUCCAACACUGAGAUCAGCCAUUUGGGCUGGGGAAAAAACUUUCAGAUUCCAUAAAGAGGAAGGAAAGAUGUUGGGCCAUUCACACCUAUGGACAGUUAGGGCUAUUCCUAUGUUGGCAGACAAUGUCCUGACGAAGGAAGAAACAGGUUUGCGAUCUGGCCACUGUGAAGAAACUGAGACAUGCCAGAGCUACUUGCAGGGGGUUUGUGUUUUUGAAUAAGAUGUCAUGUAAAUUGUGUUAUAUGCAGUUCUGUUGUUUGCACUGAAAUGUUAUAUAUUUCUCUGUGAAGUAUAUUUCUCUGUUACGUUUACUGGCAACUCUGCAUACAGCUAGCAUGAGUGAGGAAUGAAGGAAGACAAAACUGUUUAUUUUUUUAAAUAAAGGUUUUUUACAUGGUUAAUAUUUUA